UUAUCGGUUUUCGCAAAAAAAAAAAAAAACAACGGUGAAAGUCAAGGUUCAUAUUAGUAAGAGAUGAUGGUGGAAACUAAUAAUAUCCAACGGUGGUUUAGAAUGGCGUUGCUUCUCAGCUUAAUCUUCUUCGGUGCCUGCUCUGACACUGCUGAGAGUGUCUCGUUUAGAAGAGGUUUGAAGACUACUCCUGCUGCUGUCAAGCUGAAUAAAUAUGAAGACCAGGUAGUGAUUGAAAACGGAAUAGUUUCCCUCAAUUUGUCAAAUCCCGAAGGCUAUAUUAUUGGACUAUACUAUGACGGAACUCAUAAUAUACUUAAUCAAAAAAAUGAAGAAUUUGAUAGAGGGUACUUGGACGUUGUUUGGAACGAAGCAGGAAAACCUGGGAUCUUUGAGAGAAUCAAUGGGGCAGAUUUCUCAGUAAUUGAAGCAAGUGAUACUGUGGUGGAGGUUUCCUUUCUAAAAACAUGGAAAGCUUCCAUGCAAGGCUCAAGUGUCCCCAUAAACAUAGACUUAAGGUAUAUAUUGCGCAGAGGUGAUUCUGGGUUUUAUUCAUACGCAGUAUUUACUCGUCCACCAGGAUUACCUGCAAUCACGGUUUAUCAAAUCAGAAUAGUUUACAAACUCGACGAAGACAGGUUCCACUACAUGGCCAUAUCUGAUACAAGGCAAAGGAAGAUGCCAACUGCAGAAGACAGAAGAACGGGCAAGGUGCUUUCAUAUCCUGAAGCUGUUCUCUUAACCCAUGCAACUGACCCACAAAUUCGAGGAGAGGUUGAUGAUAAAUAUCAAUACUCGACAGAGAACAAAGAUAACUCUGUUCAUGGGUGGAUUGCAGAGGAUGAUUCAGCACCAGUGGGUUUCUGGGUGAUAACUCCCAGUAAUGAGUUCCGCAAUGCUGGGCCCGUUAAACAAGAACUCACUUCUCAUGUUGGCCCAACUUCUCUUUCCAUGUUUACUAGCACUCAUUAUGCUGGCAAGAAGGUAAUCAUAGCAUUUGAUGAAGGGGAGACUUAUAAAAAGGUUUUUGGGCCAACUUUUGUUUACCUUAACUCUGCUCCAAGCAAAACUCAGUUUAAGUCUCUGUGGUCAGAUGCUGUAGAACAGUUAUCCAAUGAAGAAAGAAAAUGGCCUUAUGAUUUCAUCGGAUCAAAAGAUUUCAUUCCACCCAGUCAACGGGGAACGGUGUCAGGAAAACUUCAAGUUAAAGAUGGGGGAGGGACGGCUCAACCAGCUAAAAGUUCUUACGUUGUUCUAGCUCUACCUGGAGACGCAGGAUCAUGGCAAAUAGAAAGCAAGGGUUAUCAAUUCUGGACUCAAACUGACAAAGAUGGAAGCUUCUCAAUUACAAAUAUUGUACCUGGGAAGUACGCCUUGUAUGCAUGGGUCCCUGGUUUCAUAGGAGAUUACAAAUAUCCAAUUAAUGUUGGUAUCACACCAGGAGACAACAUCAACUUGGGUUCACUUGUAUACAAACCUCCAAGAAAUGGUCCUACUUUAUGGGAAAUUGGGAUACCAGAUAGGUCAGCUGCAGAGUUCUAUGUACCAGACUAUUACCCAGAGCUUGUGAACAAAUUGUACCUAAAGGAUAGCAAAAAUGGGUUUAGGCAAUACGGCUUGUGGGGACGUUACACUGAUUUAUAUCCAACAAAAGAUCUUAUUUUCACAGUCGGUGUUUCUGACUAUCAUAAGGACUGGUUUUAUGCUCAAGUUACCAGGAGCACAAAAACGAGUAAAUUCAUGCCAACCACUUGGCAGAUUCAAUUCCAGCUUGAGAAUAUCAUAAAGGGAGCAAACUACACACUGCAAUUGGCCUUGGCAUCUGCCACUAAUUCUAAAUUGGAGGUUAGGUUCAACAAGCCAAAUUCAAACCCUCCAGACUUCGCAACAGAAGGGCUAAUUGGCUAUGACAAUGCCAUAGCAAGGCACGGCAUCCAUGGAUUGUAUGAGUUGUAUAGUGUAGGUGUAGAUAGUAAUCAAUUGGUAAAAGGAAAAAACACCAUCUAUUUGACACAGUCAAAUGCCAAAACUCCAUUUGAAGGAAUUAUGUAUGAUUAUAUUCGUUUGGAAAGUCCUACUACUUAAAAAUAAACCUAAUUGUGCCUUGACUUGUAGUUGAGCAAUCUGCAUUAGGAUUCUCUCAUCUUGUAAUUUGCUGACAAGCAUGCAUCAAUAACAUCAGCUUUUACUAUCGUAUAGGAAUCAUGAAAUUAUAGGAAAAGAAUA